GACAGCAACUCUACAGAUAGACUCAUACUGCCAGGUCCAAAACAAAAGAGCAUCCAAGGUCUGCCAACAUAACUUGAUUUCCUGUUGGAUAAAGCCGUGGGGAGUAUUCCUAGAAACAACAAAACCAGUUUUGGACAGGUUGCGUAGGAUACAAAAGUUGAGUGACUAAUUGUAGAGUAACCAGGUUGCAAACACUGGUGGUUCUUGAUGUGGCCCGAUAACAUCUUCUCAAGUUACAGAAAUGGACUGCCAUUUUUCUGUCUGGGGAGUUUUGGCCUUUCUGAGUUUGGCUCUGGUUGUUUCGUUGAUACUGAACAUUUCACACUAUAUGAAAAAGAAGCAAGCUAAAAUGUAUAAAGACUAUGAAGACAACAAUCCAAGCUAUGAUGACUAUUACACAGAAGAUGACCCAGUUUAUGGCAAUCUCAAUCAAGAUAUUUUAGAGGAAUGUUGUUACGAGCAGAUGAAGUCCCAGCCUCAAAGGCCAGUUAACCAACUACAGGUGGAGUCUGCCAAUCAGAUGUGUUAUGCCUCGCUUGAUCACAGUGUCAAGGGAAAACGCAGAAAACCAAGAAGAAAGACAGGCCCUUCAUUAGAGAAGGAUGAAGAAGAAAGAUCAUCUAACCCCACCACGAUGGCUUCCAAAGUUAGCAUUUACCUCAAUAGUGAGCAGCUGGCUGCUGAAAACACAGCAAACGUAGAAGCCAUUCAUGAUGAUCCCGUCAGAUUAAUGGGUUUGAUUCAUACUACAAAAGGAGAGAACAUUUGAAGCAGCUUCACGAACCAAAUACGUAAUCAUAAAGCAAGAUCUGCUCUUUCAUUCAGGAGGAACAGUGAAUGAUUAAAGAUAAUAUCCUGGCAAACUGACAUACCAAACAAUGGUAUAAAAUGGGUAACUUAAGUGUUCCAAAGUGUCUUGCAAGCAUAUUUACAGACUAAGCAAGAAAUAAGUAUUGAUCCAGACUGCCACUUUGAAGGACCUGCUCUUCUGAAGACAUUUUGAAAGGGAAUUGUAGAAGCUGGUAUCUCAGCAUUCACAUGGUAUUGAUUCCAGUAAAAAAUAAUCCUUUGUUUAAAACAACCAUCAACUUUCAAACAGUCCCAAAAGACCCACUCUGUUGUCUAUAGAGCUCUAGCAGAAUAUAACAAUUCUUCUAUAUAGGUUUUAACAAUACUUUUGGAAGGAAAUCAUGUUUCAUACUUGCACACUUAAUGAUUUACUCGUUUUCCCAAUUAAAAACUGAUUUGCUGUUCAA